AAUGUGGGAGGAGCAGCACAGUAUCAGUUGAACCACUUUCUUAUCUGCCUACAAUAAAUACGACGUCAUUUUCACUUGCAAUUAACUCCUUCAAAAUUCCAGCAAUAAUAAACAAUUCCCGGGAUUGCUUCACUCACACACACACUCCUCAUAAAUUCUCCUACCACCACCUUCCACCGCCGUGCCCUACCGGAACCCUCCUUUUCUUAACUCCUAAUCCAUCUCCAGACAAUUAUUAGUUCUGUAAUUACAACUUUUUUUUAAAUAUAAAAUGUAUAUCCGUAUGAUUUGUUGAUCUACUGAUCUGGAAGGAUUUUUUUUUUUGGGAGAAUUUGUGCGAUUUUUGGAAGAGAGGAGUUAUGGAAGUAGAACAAUUGAAGUUUGGAAAUUCUCCGGCGAUGACGUUUGAUGAAGUGUCAAUGGAGCGAAGCAAGAGUUUCGUUAAGGCAUUACAGGAGCUCAAGAACUUGAGGCCGCAACUCUAUUCUGCUGCAGAAUAUUGUGAAAAGUCUUAUCUUCAAAACGAGCAGAAACAAAUGGUUCUUGAUAACCUGAAAGACUAUGCUGUAAGAGCUCUUGUCAAUGCUGUCGACCACCUGGGAACUGUUGCUUAUAAGUUAACCGAUUUGCUUGAGCAACAAACAUUGGAUGUCACAACCAUGGAGCUAAAGGUCACUUGUCUUGAUCAGCGACUUCUGACAUGCAAAACAUACACUGAGAAAGAAGGCCUCAGGCAGCAACAGCUAUUAGCCAUCAUCCCAAGGCAUCACAAGCAUUAUAUUUUGCCAAAUUCUGCUGGAAAGAAGGUGCACUUCAGCCCUCAAGUUAAGAUGGAUUCAAGGCAACAUUUACAAGCAAGACCCCGCCUUUAUCCUUCAGGUACUCCUGCUGCAAAAACUCUCUCAUGGCAUCUGGCAACAGAAACCAAAUCGACAUUGAAAGGGAAUUCACGUACUUUUAUGAGUCCUGAGGAAGCAAAAGUUUCUGAAAAAGCAUCUGCCGCGUUCAACUUGUUAGAUGAAGAGAAUACCCGGAAGAAAUCAUAUGUAGCCCGUCCUCCGUCACCCAAUGUUGGUCCUGCAUCAAGUCUCGCUAUGCAAACAUUGGGGGUCACACGGCAGGGUACCCUGGAGGGUAGCAAACCUCUAACACCAUUCAGAUCAUUUGAUAAUCCAAGGCGGGAUAUUAUCCGUGCACCUAAUCGUAGCAAGAGUAUGCUCUCGGCUUUCUUUGUCAAGCAUAAGACAACUAAGUUGAAGACCAGUGCUGUGUCGUAAUCUAGGCAUGAGGUGCAUCCAUCUAACUUUCCAUAUGUAAAAGAGAAGUUGUACUAAGCCAUCACCGUGAGAACACCUAUUUUUAGGAUCAUUCACAAGUAUCGUAAUCAUAGGCAAUUUGUUUGGAUUGAGAAUCAAUAAAGAGCAGUGUGUAUAUUUGUAAGGUAAACAAAGUGUUAAUAUCUGUCUUGUUGUAAAACAAAUUGUUAGGAAAAUAAUUUUCUGGCUGCAUUGUCCAGUAUUCUUAAGCUGAGUGAUCAAUCCUCAAUGGUUGCAUAUCACUCCCGUUUGGAUUA